AUGGGAAUAAAGGACAUAUUGAAGAAACAUAAGAGUUAUAUUAAACAGCUCUUGCAAGAUUCUAAGUAGAAGUAGUCUAGAAAUGCCGCUGGAAAAGAUAGCAGAACACAUGCUGGUGGAAGUGCAGGUGAUGGUGGAAAUUAUCAUGCAGUUGCAAUAAAAAACACCAAUAAAAAAUUAUCUUAUACAAGCAAUUCAGUCUUUGAAUACUCAUCUCAAAGGAAUGAAAGUGGAACCCCAGUGUAAAAAAGUUUCUUAAUUGCAAACUAGAAUGCCUUUGACCUAGAAGCCAAGUAACUUGAGAAAAAUUAUUAAUAAAGCUUGAAUCUAGCGAAAUCAAUUACCAGAAAUAUACAAAGAGUGACCACAGAGUGCGAUCUGAUAAAUAGACUAAAAUAAUCUUAAUCCUCCUAAAACUUAAGAUCAGCAUCCCCGACUAAUAAAUCCUCUUAAUCUCGCACUUAAAAGAAUCUUAAGCCAUUAGUAAUUUCAGCUUAGAAUCAUGAGACUAAAACAUGUGAGGACAACCUUAGCCACACUCACGAUGUUUUAAAUAGGCUUAUUGAUAAAUUUCGCGAGCAAAAGCUAUUUGCCCAGGAUAAUAAGCUAAAGUAAAGUGUGCUCAAAUCUCUUAGAGUUAAUGCUUUCAAAGCAAAAAUAAUAAGGCAAUAUUAGAUUCUUCUCUCAACCCAAAAGUCCGGGGGAUUCAUAAAGCCAAUCAAUUUGAAUGAAGAAAGAAUUAUAAAUAUAGAGACUCCAUAAACUUCGAGGAAAAAUAUGCAGUCGACUUCUAAAUGCUUGAAGAUAAGAGAUGUAGUAGCAAAACAUGUCGGAAAAAAUCAAGGGAUUCAUCAGUUUGUUAAACCAAAACAUGUAUAUCACCGAGAUAGAGAUAAAUCAACUCACGAAAUAUCCCAUUUUCACCUAAAUAAAGUGGGACCUAGCUGCAAUGAAUAUCAUAAAAUUGAGGGAUUUGAGAAGCAUGAUUGUAUGAUAACAUGCAAUAAAUGUGAUGCCAAGUUUCAAUCAAAGUAUUUACAAUCUCAUGACUGCAUUAAUGAACUAAAAUAACAACUUGAAACUCUUAAGCUUAGUAUGAGCAAGUAAUAAUUGAAACAAAAUCUGAUCAAUGAGUAUUUCCCAGAAAUCUAUGCUGAAAUUGUAUCUUUACUCUCUGAGCUGUAGCUAGAUCUCCUUGAUGUCAAAAUAGAAAAUGUAAAGAUUAAAUAAACAGAAGAGUAUAAAUAUGUAGGCUAAGUGAAUUAAAAUGACCAAAAGGAAGGUUAUGGGUAUUUAUUCGAUUUUAAUAAACAAAAGUUUUAUGAAGGAAACUUCUUAAAUGACCUUAAACAUGGAAGGGGGAGAUCCUACAUUAUUAAUGGGGUUAAUAGAGGUAAUCUUUAUUUAGGAGAAUUUUUUAAGGACAAGUAUCAUGGUAAAGGCAGAUAUUUGUGGCCUGAUUAGGAUGAAUAUACAGGAGAGUUCUAGGAUAACUAUUAAAAUGGAUUUGGAGUUUACAAGUAUGCUAAUGGAGACAUAUAUGCUGGAUUUUUCUAAGAUAAUACUCAUCAUGGAUAUGGGAUGCAUUUGAAGUAAGCAUCGAUCCCAGAUUAGGCUGGAAAUAAAUAGAUAGGGGAUUUAUACAUUGGUGAGUACAAAGAGGGUUAAAGUGAAGGUAUUGGCUUAUAUAUAUUCUCAGAAUUGAAAGAAAAGUAUGUUGGUGAAUGGCUAAAUGGAGCGAUGGAUGGGAUAGGUUUAUAAAUACAGAGAAGUGAAAUUGGAAUUAAGUAUAUUGGAGAAUUCAAGAAUGAUCUUAAGUCUGGAAUGGGAUUAAUGUUUGAAGGAGGUAUUGGAAGUUAGAACUAAUUAACCCCUCUUGGAAAGUAUGGGGGAGGGUUAAAUCAGUCAUUAAUCCCUUAAGUCUCUGCUAAUGAAGAAACUAAGAAAAAAGUUGUAUCUGUUAUCCUAAUGGAGAACGAUCAAAUAAAAAUAAAAAAGCCUUUGGAGUUAUGA